AUGGACCACGCAGGUCUCUGCUGUGCCCAUCAUGGGGAAAACCCAGUGUCACACCCGGUGUCCCCCCAGGGGUGGGACGGGGGCUUUCAUCCUGUCCCCAAGCCACAGGGGGCCAUCGCCCCUGCUCACACCUGCAGGUACAAUGGCCCCAACCUUGUGCUCAAGUACGACAAGGCACGGGGGCGGCUGGUGAAUGUGGCGGAGGAUGAGCGGGGCUCCCCAUACUACGCGCUGCGGGACCGGCAGGGCAAUGCCAUCGGCAUGGCCACCUACACGGACAAGCUCUUCAAGCUCCGCAACGGGCGCUGGGAGGACCUCCUGAGUGAUGAGGUGAACCGGGAUGUGGCCAGCCGCUUCGCCGGGCGCUCCGUUGCCUGCGUGGACCGGACGGGCUCCGGCAGGUACUCCAUCUACAUCGCCAACUACGCCAGCGGCAACGUGGGCCCCCACGCCCUGAUCGAGAUGGACGUGGCUGCCAGUGACCCUGCCCGCGGUGUCGUGGUGCUGGUGGACGUGGCUGCCCAGGCUGGUGUCAGCAAGUACACAGGGGGCCGUGGGGUGGCCGUGGGCCCCAUCCUGAGCGACAGUGCCUCUGACAUAUUCUGCGGUAAUGAGAACAGCCCCAACUUCCUCUUCCACAACCGGGGGGACGGGACAUACCAGGACGUGGCAGCUGCUGUGGGGCUGGAUGACCCCUACCAGCACGGACGUGGCGUGGCGCUGGCUGACUUCAACCGCGAUGGCCGGGUGGACAUUGUCUACGGCAACUGGAAUGGGCCGCACCGCCUCUACUUGCAGACCGGGGCCCCUGGGCGCAUCCGAUUCCGGGACAUCGCCACCCCCAAGUUCUCCAUGCCGUCCCCCGUCCGCACUGUCAUCGCAGCAGAUUUCGACAACGACCAGGAGCUGGAGGUUUUCUUCAACAACAUCGCCUACCGUGGCUCCUCUGCCAACCACCUCUUCCGGCUCAUCCGCAGGGAGAACUCAGACCCCAUCGUGGAAGAGCUGAAUCCAGGGGAUGCACUGGAGCCUGAGGAACGGGGCACAGGAGGUGCAGUGACAGAUUUUGAUGGCGAUGGAAUGCUGGACCUGAUCCUGUCCCACGGCGAGUCCAUGGCACAGCCAAUCUCCAUCUUCAAGGGCACCCAGGGUGCCGGCAACAACUGGCUGCGCGUCAUCCCCCGCACCCGCUUUGGGGCCUUUGCACGGGGAGCCAAAGUGGUGCUCUUCACGCGGCGUAGCGGGGCCCACCUGCGUAUCAUCGACGGUGGAUCGGGGUACCUCUGUGAGAUGGAGCCUGUGGCGCACUUUGGACUGGGGCAUGACAAAGCCAGCAGCCUGGAGGUGACCUGGCCCGAUGGCCGCGUCGUGGCACGAGCCGUGGCCAGCAGCGAGACCAACUCCGUCCUGGAGGUCCCCUACCCUCUGGAUGCAGAGGAGCCACUCGUGCCUGCCCUGCUGGAGUGCGGGCAGGGAUUCUCCCAGCACGAGAAUGGACGCUGUGUAGGCAUAGCUUCUGUGUGGCUACCUCUGGGGGGGAGCAACGAGGAUGGCACAGCUUGUGUGGCUCAAGUGGCCUUUUUUGGGGGAUACCCCUCUGCCGGGAGCUGGCCUGGGCCCCUCCGCCGUGCCCUCCUCCCUCUAGUUCUCGGACUCUGCCUUUGCCUCUAUGCACUUUAA